AUGGAACAUCAGUUGGUAUCUUGCCUUUUCCGACAGCACAGACUUGAAGGAAAUCGAACAAGAAUGAUGCAUCCACCAACAUCAUCCAUGCUAAAGUUUCGCCACUAUAGUUUUAACAGCUUAUGCAGAAAGUUUGUAUUUCUCCAUGUCGUAAAGCUCGGGACGGAAACAAUGUUUUGUCCUCUCAGUCGUUGGCCUGUAAAGGUGGUGGAAUGGAGUGGGUUUGGGACCCAGGUGGGUCAGAGGCUGCGUCGCAGCCGUGCUUUUCGCUGUGAGGUUUUGUUGGAUCUGUCGAGGGUUUGGGCACCCUGGAUCAGUUCGGAUCUCCUUCAUCUGGUGAAGUACUGGGCAGCCCCUAUCCUUGGAGGGGGCAUGCGUUCUCGUGAGAUCUUCUCCCAGCUAGAUACCAGUUUGGUCAGCUUCCCUGCGGGUUUCUGGGGCGUGUUGGUCCCUAUUUUGGCUUGGUUGUGUUGUUCGCCGGUGCUCUCUCCGGUCUCUUUGGUUCUCCUAUCACCGUUUGGUGAAGUGCGUGAUGAGUCUUGGUGUCGUGACUUGUUGGCUCUGUGUGCUGCUCCUGUGUUGCCGAUUUGCUUCAUCACUGGCCAUGGUUUUGGUUUGCAGUUUGGGCAAUGUCGCUGGCCAAGGUUCUGGCUCCGAGUUUCAUGUGUUUUGGCUGUGGGAGACAUGUUUGGGGUUAGAGCUUCGAUAGUGUCUUGGUUCCGCCCAGAUUUGGCUUCCAUUGCUUUGCUGUCUUGCCUACUGCCGAUUGAGGUUGUGGCUUGUGCGUGGGUGGUUGGUUUUGGUGUUUCAUUCUGUUUGUAG